CUCCCGCCGCCAUGCGUAUUACGCUUGUUGUUGUUGAACUGGUUGUUAUGACUGGACAAGGCCUCGGACUAAAUUAGGAGAGAACCCCUCGUCGCUGCCACGGGAGACCUGCCAAUGGAGGGCAUGGACAUAGACCUGGACCCGGAGUUCGUUCAGAAAUUCAACUGCAUGGGCACCACUGACAAGGAUGUCCUCAUCUCAGAGUUCCAAAGACUGCUUGGGUUCCAGGUCAACCCGGCAGGAUGCGCUUUCUUCCUUGACAUGAGCAACUGGAAUCUACAGGCAGCCAUCGGUGCCUAUUAUGAUGUUGAGAGUCCCAGCAUCAACACACCAGCCAUGUCCUUUGUGGAGGAUGUGACGAUUGGUGAGGGAGAGUCUGUUCCCCCCGACACACCGUUCACAAAGACCUGGAGGAUACAGAACACAGGUGCAGAUUCCUGGCCACCUGGGGUAUGUCUGAAGUACAUUGGAGGGGACCAGUUUGGCCACGUCAACAUAGUGAUAGUGCGCUGUCUAGAACCCCAGGAGAUCUCAGACGUCAGUGUGCAGAUGCGUAGCCCUGCAGCGCCCGGCAUGUACCAGGGCCAAUGGAGGAUGUGCACACCCACAGGGCUGUUUUAUGGAGACGUCAUCUGGGUGAUCCUCAGCGUGGAGGUGGGUGGCCUUUUGGGCGUGACACAGCAGCUUUCCUGCUUCGAGACGGAGUUCAACACCCAGCCGCACCGCAACGUAGAGGGAGACUUCAACCCUUUUGCCUCGCCACAGAAGAGCAAACCCGACGCCGGAGAUGACAACAACUUCAAAGAGCCUGGAGGAGCCUGGGAGGGCAGGCAGGACGCCAUCCAGCAAGAUGAAAACGGACUGUCUCACAAUGCUGUAAAUAGAGCAUCGAAUGGGCUACAAAACAAUCUAUCAGUAGUGACUUACAGUCAGGCUGACUCAUCGCCAUCAGUCCCAGGGUCCCUAGCUUGUUGAUGAGCCUGGAGGGGACUAUGGUGUUGAACGCUGACCUGAAGUCUUGAGUUAUUUCCCCUCUUAUCCAGGUGGGAGAGGGCAAUGUAAAGUACAAUUGAGAGAACCUCAUCUGUGGAUCUGUUGGAGCAGUAUUCGAAUUGGAGUGGGUCUAUGGUGUCUGGGAUGAUGGUGUUGAUAUCUGUCAUGACCAGCCUUUCAAAGUACUUCAUAAUUACAGAUGUGAAUGCUACAGAACGAUAGUCAUUUAGGCAGGUUACCUUGGAGGGGCUCAGAGAUUGAGAUGAACACAGUUGUUCAUCGGGGGGGAGGAUGUUGUAACUUUAAUGGGUUACAGAGUUAAUGUUUAAGUUAAUUAAUCGAGCUCUAUCUAAAGCUGUUUGUAAUUGUAUUAGAAUUUGUGUGUUGGAGAUUGAGAGAACUACAUACAUAUUUUGUACUGGUUAGUAUUAAAUUAGGCUUUUGACUGCAAGUUCCAGAAUGCCUUGCGACAGGAAGUAGAGAGACAACGCGCUAGUUAAGUGACAAUUGACAGGUGAUUAUCCUGACACCUUUGCGUUAGCAACUUAUUAUUCAUUGUUCUGUAGAAUCUAAAGUUUGUAAAUGUAACAUGAACAAGUAUUAUUACUCAAAGAAGCUUUCAUAUCAAACCCGACGUCCCGAGUCAUUACUUUGAAUUCUAUUUUAUUCUAUACGCUAUGCUUACGCCAGCAAAAAGUUACACGUCCAGUGUAGCAGGUAAAAUAAUAUACUAUUUUCCCAAUUCCCUAGUGUAGGUCCUAUGUUAGAGAAAGUUUAGCUAGAAAUGCAGUGUGUAGAACACAUUUGAUUGUCUGUCUCUUAGAAUGGGGAAUGUUCUUAGCGUUUCACCUCACUGAACUCCUAUCAUGCAAAUAAUAAUAAUAAAAAAAUAUAUAUUUGCCACAUGCUUUGUAAACAACAAGUAUAGACUAACAGUGAAAUACUUUCCAACAAUGCAGAGAGAAAAAUAGAUAAAUAACAGAAAGAUAAUAACUCGUAGAAUACAUUUACAUUGUGUUGACUGUGUUCUGUCUCUCCCCUCAGGGUGUUCAUGGACCCUAUCCGUUAGGCCAGAGUUAGACAGAUGGAGACCCAGGCCAGGUGGUGCUGAACAGACCUGGGCAUGCUGAUGCUGACCUGCGGCAGGGGCACUGGAGAGGGGAGUGAUACAUAUUUCAUACAGACUCUAGACAACUCUCUCCCUUGGGCCCUACCCCAUUCCACCAAAACACAAGCUACAGUGAGAACAAGGAGGCACCUAUCCCAGUGAACACGGCAUGAGUGAAUGCUACAUAAAGAAUGCUAUCAAUCCUAAGUUCUACUACAUACAUGUUUUAUUAUUAUUUGUAGCUGUCAACACACCUCAUUAGUGUAGGGUAGGCACUGCUGGUUGAGCUUAGCAAAAGGAUGGAUGUGUGUGAGCUUGAGCAAAUGAAAUGUGUGAGAAAAAGCCAUCUAAAACUAUUUUGCCUGUUGAGCUAUUAUUGUAGGAUUUGAAUCCAUGUCUGUGUUUUCUGAAUUGUGCAUGUGUGCACGUGUAUAGUUUCCUUUUUGGAUUUUACUAAACACAAAGUGGUGGAUACAACUUUGUUAAGAAGUUGUGGUGACCUAUAUAUGUAGGUCAGGUAGGUUAUGUAUCUAAAUAGAUGAAACAAAAUAAUACUAAUAUAAAAAAUUAUAAUUCUCCACAGGUGUUUCAGAAAUUAGGAUACAGACCUGUGAAUGAGUUGCCCGUAAAUAAGCCUUUGCUGUACUGUACUUACGACACAGAUAUGGAUCAUUCAGUGGUAAAGCUUGUUCUUUAGAGCCAGCAGAUGGUGCUAUUAACUAAACAACCAAACCAAAUGGUCUCUGACACAUCACGACAGACAUUGAAAAACAGACUUCCCUUUCCCAUCAUAGGGAGAGGUAUUUAAAUUCUGGGUUCGUGACUGCUCAAGCCAUUGACAAUAUCAGCACCGUUUGUUUUGUUUCUGCAGUUUGCACGAUGUCACUUCAGAUGUUUACAAGUGGUGAUUUUGAUUUAGUUUCUGUAUGCUGUCUGGAUCUAGAUAUUAUUGUCUGUUGUAAUAGUAUAUAUUCUCCCUGUUUUAGUUUUCUUCCAAACUUGACAACGUUGAGUCCCGUUUUGAUUGUCAAAUUAAGUAGAGCGGGUACAUACGCUCAAAAGGACAGGUUCAACCCUGGAAUUCAUUAAUUCCUCUGCGUCAAAGUGGAACGCUCUAUUAAGAGAUGUAGUCAUAUUAAUUAUUGUUUACAAUUACAUGGUAUCAACCAAGUUAACAUCAUGUUAUGCAAUUUGUUUCCCAUUUGGAAUGUUAUUUUAAUUUAUUUUAUUUACCGUCACGUUCUUCAAGCAAUGAAGAUUUCUUCGCUUCCAAUGUUUCACAAUUUCCACAAGGUUAUGAGUAAAUGAAAAACAAGGAAAUUGAUGACAGUUGUUAUUCAUAGACUAAAGAUCUUGUAGAUGCUCAUACAAGAGUCUUAUCUUAUGGUUUCUUCUGAUGGAAAGUCCCUGUUUUCUUGUGGCUGUUGUGCUUUCACACCAGACUUUCAUAUUUCUGUAUUUGUCAAGGGCAUUAUGUUAGUCCUCUGUGUUCACUGUACUGCAUUUUACUCUGAAACCAGAGAGUGUUUCAUUCUUAGCUGUAUUGUGUUUUUUUUAUUUUGGUGGUGGGGGGUGCAGUUUUAAGCAAGGUGGUAUGGUGAGUGGCGCGUUUGCAUAGUCUUAUGAUAGAACAUUCAUGAGAAGAGAAAAUGUCAAAUUAAAGCCUUUUUCCUAUAUGUAUAAAUGAACAUUUGUAUGAUUAAAUUAACACUGAAACAGAAAA